AUGGUGAAGAAUAUGAUGGUUAAGAGAUGUAUCGUAUUGUGUCUAUGCAAGAAGGAGGGUCUCGACAGUGUAGGAAGUAGGGGUGAAGCGGCAAGCCUCAAAAACGACUUAAGACUCAACAUCAAGAUGGAGAUGAAUAUAGAGAUUAAGACGGAAAUCGACAUUGAAAUACCGAUGACGGUAAAGAUGGAUUGGGGUAUGGAUAUAAAAAUGGAGGAACAGGAGAAGUGCAAAGGAGGUGGUGAGGAGGACAUGGACGAGGACGAGGACAUGGGAGAGGACAAGGAUGAGGACGCGGACAGAGCGGUGGGUUCCGGCAUGGAUGAGGACAUGGAAGAGGAUGGGGACAUAGAGGACGAUGCCUAG